AAACUAUUUUAUUUCCUUUCCCCCCCUUUCCUUUUUUCUAAAACGAUAAAUCUAAUCGAUUCCUACCGAUCCCAUUCCUUUUGUUUUCCUCCCUUUUCGCCCAUUCUCGGCUUCUAGGGUUAGGGUUUCUCUCUUUGUCCGAACGACACACCCAAAACUCUCUUCUUCUUUCUCCUUCUCCCCCACACUAAGCAGAUUUCUUUUCUUGUCCCUUUGUCCAUUACGAUGCAGCCUGCACCUGGUGUUGCUCCUCACAACAUGCCUCACCAGGCCCCUCAGUACCAACAACAGCAACCUCCUUACAUGAUGAUGCAGCCUCAGCCCCCGCAAGCCCAGCCUGUCCCUCAGAUGUGGCCUCAACAGCCGCAGGCUGGUUCGCCACAGGGCCAACCCCCUCAACCUGCCAACGGGGAUGAGGUUCGUACGCUCUGGAUCGGAGAUUUGCAGUACUGGAUGGACGAGAACUAUAUCUUUAAUUGUUUUGCUCAUACUGGCGAGGUUUCCUCCGUGAAAGUGAUUCGGAAUAAGCAAACCGGCCAGUCCGAGGGUUACGGUUUUAUUGAGUUUUUAACUCGUCCAGCUGCAGAAAGAGUACUUCAAACUUAUAAUGGCACCGCCAUGCCCAAUGGGGCACAAAAUUUUAGAUUGAACUGGGCAUCAGCAGGGGAGAAGCGACAAGAUGACUCUCCUGAUUACACUAUUUUUGUGGGAGAUUUGGCUGGUGAUGUUACUGAUUAUGUGCUACAAGAAACAUUUAGGGCACGCUAUAACUCAGUUAAGGGUGCCAAAGUUGUGAUCGACAGGCUCACUGGACGGACUAAGGGUUAUGGGUUCGUAAAAUUUGGGGAUGAGUCUGAACAAAUUCGGGCUAUGACCGAGAUGAAUGGUGUUCACUGUUCAUCCAGACCCAUGCGAAUCGGACCAGCAGCUAACAAGAACACUUCUGGCAGUCAGCAGUUUUCGAAAACUUCAUACCAGAAUCCUCCAGGCACACAGAAUGAGAACGAUCCAAAUAAUACAACUAUAUUCGUGGGAAAUUUGGAUUCUAAUGUCACUGAUGAGCACUUGAGACAAGUAUUCAGUCAGUAUGGAGAGCUGGUGCAUGUUAAGAUUCCUGCAGGCAAGCGAUGUGGCUUUGUUCAAUUUUCAGACAGAAGCUGCGCCGAGGAAGCUUUGCGCAUGUUGAAUGGAACCCAAAUUGGUGGGCAAAACAUUAGACUUUCAUGGGGUCGUAGUCCUUCUAACAAACAGCCUCAGGCUGAUCCUAAUCAAUGGAAUGGAGGAGGAGGUGGAGGAGGAUAUUAUGGAUAUGGACAAGGAUAUGAAAAUUAUAGCUAUGCUCCAGCUGCCCAAGACCCUAACAUGUUCUACAGUGGCUAUGGUGGGUAUGGGAACUACCAGCAACCAGCAGCACAGCAGCCAUCGCAGCAACAAGGUGGAUAUAUGUAGAUGACAAGUUCUAUUUCUUUUGCCUCACCUCUCACUUCGAACGAGACCCUAAACUUCUGCUUGUCAUUUGUAGAAGAUUUUGGAGAUGUUACUCUCUCAUCUAUUCUAAACAAAUAUUCUGUAUGACUCCGUUGACUUGAUGUCAGUUGUGUGUUGUAUUUGGUGUUAGAGUUUUUUGCGUGUUGUGUUAUUUGUUUUUUCAUAUGAUCAUAUCUAUGAUGGUAGCGAGUUGAAUGAUCUUGUAAUUUUCUUAAAGUCCUUGUUAAAGGCUGUACGUGGGUUAACUACUUACUACUUAUGUUCUUGCUCUUGUUGGUCUGCCCAA